AUGCAACAGAUGCAACAGCAGAAUCAGAUGAUGAUACAGAUGAUGCAGGGUAUGCAAGGACAACAACCUCCUGCUCCGGUUCCUGUUCCCCAAGCUCCAACAGGGCCAGAUUUUCGUGCUUUCUUCAGAAUGGAUCCUCCAGAGUUUGCAGGUGGCUUAGACCCAGUGGUAGCUCAUGAUUGGUUGGCUAGUAUGGAGAGGAUAUUUCAGGCAAUUCAGUGUAAUGAAGAAGAGAAGGUGAUCUUUGCUACUCAAAAGAUGAAAGGACCAGCUCUUAGGUGGUGGAAUACUGCAUCUACCUAUUUCACUACCCAGGAGAUCCCUAAAGACUGGCAUCAUUUCAAGGCGGCAUUUCUGGAGAAGUAUUUCCCUAACAGUGUUCGAACCCAAAGAGAAAGAGAAUUCCAGAAUUUCAAGCAAGGCAACUUGUCUGUUUCCGAGUAUGCUGAAAAGUUUGAAGAUAUGGCUGAUUACUCACGACAGGCUGUUUAUGCUCCUGAUGAGUUAUGGAAGAUUGAUCAAUUCUUGAUGGGUUUGAGGGCCGACAUUGCUCAUAGUGUGUCCCAGAGGGAGUUUACUACUUAUGCUGAAUGUUUGAGGCAAUGUUAUGUGGCGGAGAACAGCCUAAAGAGGGUGCAAGAAGAGAGGAACCAGAACAGGACUAACUACAGGGAACAAGGGAAAUCUGCUCAACACUUGAAGCCCCGUGGUUUUCCACCAAAGAAGAAGCAAGGAUAUGGCGACCAAUCGGCUCAACCUCCUUAUUGUCACAAGUGCAAGAAGAAACAUGCUGGGGAGUGCGAACCUACUCCAAUUACUUGUUUCAGAUGUGGCGAGCCGGGUCACAAAUCCCCGUUUUGUCCAAAGAAGAAAGAUCAGGAGAAGACUACAGGUCGUGUUUAUACCUUAGAUGCAAGAAAGGCCAAAGGAAACAGCAAUCUCAUCGCAGGUACUUGUUAUGUAAACAAUCAACCCUUAUGUGUGUUAGUUGAUUGCGGAGCUACGCAUUCUUUUAUCUCUACCGAGUGUGCUUACCGACUUGGUUUGGAAGUUACUCCCUUACCCGACCCUAUGGUCAUUUCCUCAGCCACGGACGAUACAGUGGGAGCUCGACUGAUUUGUAAGGAUUGUUCAGUAUCUUUUAAUGGUCGUGACUUUCCGAUCGAUCUAAUUUGUUUACCUCUUAAGAGACUUGAUGUCAUUCUUGGAAUGGAUUGGUUGUCUCUUAAUUCGGUAUAUAUUGGUUGCAAGGAAAAAGCCAUAUUCAUUCCUGCUAAAGAAACAUCCUCCGAUGAUGCAAUUACCAAGUUGAUUGAAGGUACGAUCGGCGCGGUCAAUUAUCUCUUUUCACAAGAAAGAUCUUUUCUUUUGGUUCUUUCCGAGGAACCCUCCGUGAGGGUGGUAUUGUCGGAAAUACCUGUAGUGUGCGAAUAUCCUGAUGUCUUUCCUGAGGAUAUCACUUCUCUUCCUCCGGAAAGGGAAGCGGAAUUCUCAAUUGAUCUUAUUCCUGGUACUGCCCCAGUUUCUAUCACUCCAUAUAGGAUGUCUCCUAUUGAACUCAGAGAACUGAAGAGCCAGCUAGAAGAGCUUCUAGCUAAGCAUUUUAUUCGGCCCAGUAUGCGUUUGUGCAUCGACUAUCGUCAGCUGAAUAAGGUCACUAUAAAGAACAAAUAUCCCUUACCGCGGAUUGAUGACCUCCUAGAUCAGUUGAAAGGAGCCAGUGUGUUCUCGAAGAUUGAUCUCAGGUCAGGAUAUCAUCAGAUUCGGGUUAAGAGAUCAGAUGUACCUAAGACUGCAUUCAGGACUCGGUAUGGUCAUUACGAGUUUUUAGUUAUGCCUUUUGGUGUGACUAAUGCUCCGGCGGUUUUCAUGGAUUAUAUGAAUCGAAUUUUUCAACCGUACCUGGAUCAGUUCGUAGUGAUCUUCAUUGAUGACAUCUUGGUGUAUUCACGUUCCCCGGAAGAACACGUAGAGCAUUUGCGGAUUGUGUUAUCUACUCUUCGAGAGAAGCAAUUGUACGCCAAGUUCAGUAAGUGUGAAUUUUGGCUAUCCGAAGUAAGUUUCCUUGGUCACGUUGCAUUUGAGUGGGACUCCGAAUGUGAGGAGAGUUUUCAGAAACUUAAGAAGAAGUUGACUACUGCACCUGUACUAGUGAUUCCAGACCCAGACCGAUCUUACGAAGUGUUCUGUGAUGCUUCUAAGAGAGGUUUAGGCGGAGUAUUGAUGCAAGACGGUAAAGUCGUGGCUUAUGCGUCUCGACAAUUGAAAUCUCAUGAAGAAAAUUACCCUACUCAUGAUCUUGAGCUUGCGGCAAUAGUCUUUGCACUCAAGGUAUGGCGUCACUAUUUGUAUGGAGUUCACUUCGAGAUUCUGGAAGGCGUUCCAUAA